GACGGAAGUAAGCCUUUGCGGCUCUUACUGGGCUGGCUUCUGGAGCGGGCUGGCGUCUGAGUUAGAGUUAGCGUGUCGUGUUCGUUUGAGGAGCUGCAGAGCCCCCAUGAAAGAGCCGGGUCUCUGAUAUCUUGGGAGAGCAUUCGGCUGGUGGAGGGCGGAAGCGGUUGGCUUGAGGGCUCAGAGGAAGAGCAGGGAAGGGAGGUGGGGGCGGGGGCCGGUCGAAUGGUCUCUAAGGCUCUGCUUCUAGAACAAGGACCCUAGAAAAAGGGUUCCACGUUCUCCUGGCAGCUGUGAAGACGGUUGUGGGCUUUUGUUGUGGUCCAAGUUUCUAGGUCUCUUCUACUGGCCUGGGAUAGUUCAGUGUUGGUUGGUUUGUUUAUUUUUUUUCAUCCUCCAGGAAUGUAUUGCGUGAAGCAAUUCAACCUUGGGUUUCACCGCGUGAGAAUGAUAUGUUUAAGUGUAACGUAGCAAGCAGGUUAUGAUGACAGAGGGGACACCGGCAGUAUUUUAAAGUGGAGCGGAGCAUUUUUCGUGACAGCCUUUUUUGACCGCCUUUGCUUGUUAACCCUUUUGGCUGCUGCUUUUUUUGCUAAAAUGAGCGCCCACCCUGUCUCCACUCCCUUGGACCGGGAGCGGCGAGUCCGGAGCACCCUGAAGAAAGUCUUUGGAUUUGAUUCUUUUAAGACACCUUUACAGGAGAGAGCCACCAUGGCUGUAGCGAAAGGUGACAAGGAUGUUUUUGUAUGCAUGCCCACAGGGGCAGGGAAAUCUCUGUGCUAUCAGCUCCCUGCCCUGUUGGCCAAAGGAAUCACCAUCGUCGUCUCUCCUCUCAUUGCUUUGAUUCAGGACCAGAUAGACCACCUGCUGGCCUUGAAGGUACAAGUCAGUUCCCUGAACUCGAAGCUGUCAGCACAGGAGAGGAAGGAGCUGCUGUCUGACCUGGAGCGAGACAAACCUCGAACCAAACUUUUGUACAUCACCCCGGAGAUGGCAGCUUCAGCCUCCUUCCAGCCCACCCUGAAUUCCCUCAUAUCCCGAAACCUGCUCUCCUACUUGGUGGUGGAUGAAGCUCAUUGUGUUUCCCAGUGGGGACAUGACUUCCGGCCUGACUAUUUGCGUCUGGGUGCUCUACGUUCCCGCCUGGCACAUGCCCCGUGUGUGGCUCUGACUGCUACAGCCACCCCGCAGGUUCAAGAGGAUGUGUUUGCAUCCCUACACUUGAAGCAACCAGUGGCCUCUUUCAAGACUCCCUGCUUCCGGGCCAAUCUCUUCUAUGAUGUGCAGUUCAAGGAACUCAUUCCUGACCUCUAUGGCAACCUGAGGGACUUCUGCCUGAAGGCUCUUGGACAGAAAGCUGAUAAAGGGCCGUUAUCUGGCUGCGGCAUUGUCUAUUGCAGGACGAGAGAGGCUUGUGAGCAGCUGGCUGUGGAGCUCAGCAGCAGGGGUGUGAGCGCCAAGGCGUACCACGCAGGACUGAAGGCUCCUGACAGAACACGGGUACAGAAUGAGUGGAUGGAGGAGAAGGUCCCUGUAAUUGUUGCAACCAUCAGUUUUGGGAUGGGCGUGGACAAAGCUAAUGUCCGGUUUGUUGCCCACUGGAAUAUUGCCAAGUCCAUGGCUGGCUACUACCAGGAGUCUGGCCGUGCUGGCAGGGAUGGGAAACCAUCCUGGUGUCGUCUCUAUUACUCUAGGAGUGACCGAGACCAAGUCAGCUUUCUCAUCAGAAAGGAAAUAGCCAAACUUCAGGAAAAGAGAGGGAGCAAAGCAUCUGAUAAAGCCACCCUGCUGGCCUUUGACGCCCUGGUGACCUUCUGUGAAGAACUGGGGUGCCGCCACGCUGCCAUUGCUAAGUACUUUGGAGAUGCACCGCCCGCCUGCGCCAAAGGCUGUGACCACUGCCAGAGUCCCGCGGCCAUAAGGAAGAAGCUUGAUGCCUUGGAGCACAGCAGUAGCUGGAGCAAGACCUGCAUCGGGCCCUUCCAGGGGAACAGCUUCGAUCCUGAACUGUACGAGGGAGGCCGCAGAGGCCACGGGGGCUUCAGCAGGUAUGAUGAAGGGUCUGGAGGUAGCGGUGACGAGGGCAGAGAUGAGACCCGCAAGCGGGAAUGGGAUCUUUUCUAUCAGAAGCAGAUGAGCCUGCGCAAGGGCAAAGAGCCCAAGAUAGAAGAAUUCACACCCCCAGAUGAAGACUGUCCCCUGAGAGAGGCUUCAAGCAGGAAGAUCCCUAAGCUCACAGUGAAGGCCCGUGAGCACUGCCUGCAGCUUUUGGAGGAGGCUCUGAGUAGUAAUCACCAGGCUGCAGGGUCCACUGAUGGAGCUGACCUGCAGGCCAAGGCUGUGGAACUGGAGCAUGGGGCAUUCCGGAAUGCCAAGAUGGUCAACCUGUACAAGGCCAGUGUUCUAAAGAAGGUGGCUGAGAUCCACAAAGCCUCCAAGGAUGGCCAGCUCUAUGACAUGGAAGGUGGCACCAAGGGUUGCAGACCUGCGGUUGAGCCCUCAGAGCCCAAUGACUAUGACAUCCCACCAACCUCACAUGUUUACUCGGUGAGCGGCAUCCAGCUCAAGCCCAAGAGAGUGGGCGCUGGCUUCCCCAAAGGCGCCUGCCCAUUCCAGACAGCCACAGAGCUGUUGGGGAAGCAAGCCCCCGAGGAUGUGCUGGAAGGUGACCAGGGUCCCCCAGGCUGGCACAGUGACUGUCAAGAUGAAGACAGAAACAAGCCCCUCCCCGGGAGCCAAGGAGAGGACCCUGGAAGUGGUGUCAGCUGUGGGGAGCCCUCGCCUGAGAAGAGGACAAAGGGCUCCUCCCAGGGCAGCACCAGGGCUAGAGCCAGCAAGAAACAGCAGCUCCUAGCUGCAGCAGCCCUCAAGGGUUCCCAGAACAUCACUAGAUUCCUCUGCCAAAGAACAGAAAGCCUACCUUCACCUGCUCCAGUCCUGAGAUCAGGAGGCGCCACCCCCUCCUGUGGAGGCGAGCCAGAGGACUGCACAGAAGUUGGAGCCCAGGGACAUCUGAAUACUCUAGUUCAGACUGAGUGUCCCAGAGAGGGGCCAGGCACCUGCUCACUACAAGACCACAGCUGCCCUGAAGGUCAGCCUAGCCCUCUACAGGAAGCCCAGGCAGGCAAGCGGCCCAGACCCCAGCAGGAGAGCCCAGAGAGAACUCAGAAGAGGCUUUGCCCCUCUACCAAGUCCUCUAUCUUGGCUGAGGCCAAGGGCAGUGAUCACAGCACUGAGAAUAAGGUGACUGGAGAACCCUGCCAGCUCUCGGCUCCUGGCAUCUCCGUGAAAGAGGCCGCCGCUGUUGUGGUCAAGUACCUGACCCCCUUCUACAAGGAGGGCAGGUUCAUAUCCAAGGAGUUGUUCAAAGGCUUUGCCCGCCACCUCUCCCAUUUGCUGGCUCAGAAGACCUCUCCUGGAAGAGGUGUGAAGGAAGAGGCCCAGAGCCUCAUCAAGCAGUUUUUCCACAACCGUGCUCGCUGUGAGAGUGAAGCUGACUGGCGUGGCCUACGUGGCCCACAGAGAUGACCGCGGCUGCUGCUGGCUGAGCAGGGUUGCAUCCCCCCUCCUGUCAUGGGCAGGCCCAUGCCAAAGGAGCCAACUUUCUCAGGGUUCCCCCCCAGACCUCACUUAAAGGUGGCACUAGACACCCAAACCAAGUAGAAGGUCAGAGGUUAGCCCACCUUCCUGCUUAAAACCCCCACGGCCCUUUCUCUCAACCUGCUGCUCCUGGCCUGCAUGGCCAGACCCCAGAUUAGAAGGUGCGGGUGCUACGGCUGCAGCCAGAGGGAAAUGCAGCGCCCUCCCCAUCGUGUUCUUCUCCGCCAUUCCCGCCCUUUCCUUCAGAUGCCGGCCAGCAAGGCCAGACCCAGUGAAAUGUUUGCAAGAAUAAAGUCCUCCUUGAGACACACGCUCACA